GGCGGCGGCGGUGGCGCGGUCGGUCCGCCGGAGGACGGUCGGUCACACGUGUGGUGUACCCGGGACCGGGUAUAUGUAUACGCGCGUUUUAUUAUGUUUAUAUACGUACACACAAUGGACCGGCAAUACCCUCCGAGGCCCUGCAGCGGUCAUCAUUUCGCUGUCAACUCGUUUUCGGUUUGGUCGUGCAUUUGUGCGGUGCAGCAACGUCGUCGCAGUGCGCGUCUUGAAAACAUAAACAUUAUUUUGUCGACAAUAUCGUUCAUUACACACGCCGCCAUCGGCCGUCCGGACGUUUUUUCGUGGCGUAGAAAUACGGCUGGCCGGUAGGUUCGGCGGAACGGCAAAGUGCGCGGCACGUCCGAGUAAUAAUUAUAAUAUUAUGAUAUAUCCAUCACUGCGUUUCAAGUCGUAACGCAGCCAUCGUCGUACCGUCGACGACCACUGAACGCGCGCGGUUUUUUUCUUCUCCGAAACAACGGAGCAUCGGGCCGGCAGCAGCGUCGUCGUCACACACACACACACACCAGAUACAAUGAUUAUAUUUUCACUAGUGUUAUUGUCUAUGCUACACACCGGAUUGGCGGAAAUUACCAAAUACGAUGAAACGGAAAAAAACUUACUUACAAAAUUAGGUUUAAACCGAAGACCUGCAGCAGAAGACAACGUAAAGAUACCACCUGCCACUAUGGAGCUGUAUAAAUCGAUGUUAGAACAAAAUAUGACAACACAUUUUUCUCUUCCUGGUUUGCACACAACGUCUGCUAAUACUGCUAGAGCUUACGCCAAUAAAGGAUCAGCUCCAAUUAAUGCUAAGUCUAAAAAAUAUAGGCUACAGUUCGAUAUAGAUUCUCUACCAGAAGGAGACCAGGUUAAAGCUGCUGAAGUUCGUUUUACAAUGAAGUACGAUCAAGUACUACGCAACGAAGAAUCUAUUCAUGUGAUUAUACAUGAUAUAAUCAAACCUGGCACGAAGGGUCUAUCAAAACCUGUUCUCAGAGUUAUCGAAUCGAAAUCAAUUAAUAUGUCAACAAUUUCAAAGACCGAAAGUUUUGACGUAACACCUUUUAUAGAAAGACUGACGAAGAACAAUUUCAAAGACAACCAUGGUAUGUUAGUACAAUGCGUCACAGAGUCUGGUAGUCACACACAUUUGCUCAGCGUAUUUGAUUUUGUAUCACCUGAAAAUACAUUGCUUUUGGUUUAUACCGACGACGGGACAAUUAGCGACAAGCGCACGAUGGAACGGAUGUUGCGGCGGAGCAAACGGUCGGCAGACCAAGUGGCGGGACCGCAGAAGAAAGCGAAAAAGAAGAAGAUCUGCCAACGGUAUUCGAUGUACGUGGAUUUUAAAGAGAUCGGGUUCAGCGAUUGGAUCCAAGCUCCGCCGGGAUAUGACGCGUUCUACUGUCACGGGGAGUGUACGUUCCCGUUGGCUAAUCACAUCAACGCGUCCAACCACGCGGUUAUGCAGACGCUGAUAAACUCGUAUAAUCCGGCUACAGUUUCCCGGGCGUGUUGCGUGCCGACCAAGUUGAGUACACUGACGUUGCUCUAUACGGACGACGAUGGAAAGAUCGUGUUGAAAAACUACCCGGACAUGACCGUCGAGGAGUGCGGAUGUAGAUAAUACCGGCAGUUAUUACACGUUUGCUAUACUUUUCAUUUUUCAAAACGACGUCAGAACUCGCCAGCGACAUAAUAUUAUUAUAUAUACAGUAAAAAAUCUUUAAAACGAAACUCGUUACAACGAAAAACUCUAUAUAACAUAAAAUAUAUUACAUUAUAAUAGUUGGUUUGAUCUAUAAUCUAUCAUAUAAUUCUGAUACCUACCCUACCUCUAUUACGAAAACUCUCUAUAACGUAAGAAAUCUCUUGGUCCCUUCAAAUUCGUUUUACAGAGUUUUCACUGUAGGCAAUUGUAUAAUAAUACCUUUGUGUAUAUACAUGUAUUUACAAGACGAAUCGUCAAGCAUACUCUCCCUCUUUUUCAUCUUCGAUAACGCAAUCAUUCAAAAUCUGAUUAUUGGAAUUUUCUAGUUAUAAUUAAAUAUUUAAAAUUACCAUAUUUUCUAAUUCUUGUGGUUUAUGGUACUAUAUGUGGAGUGUCCUGUGGAAAUACAAACUCCUAUAUAAUCUAUAAAAAUGGUUUGAGUAUAAUAAAUAUUAUAUGUAAUAUAUUUUCAUCUAUUUUAUGUAUCCGAAAACCAUUUCUAAUAUUGUUAUUAUAAACAUUUUAUUAACUAAGAAACUACUCGUUCAAAUCUUGAAUUAGAUUGUUAAAAUAUAUAAUGGUUAUUAAUAACUUAAUAAAUUACAGGAAAAAUUGUGUGUUCUGAUUUGAAAAACAUAAUUUUGUUUCGCCAUAGAACACUCCUUAAAAAUUUUAAAAUAAUUUAUUAUUUAAAUUUAAGUAUUAAUAAAUUCAAAAAAUUAGAAAUUUAAUGAAUUUUUUAAUUCAAAAUUGGGGAGAGCAUGUAAGGCGAAGUACAAUAAAAAAAUCAUCAUCUCAAUUUUAACCCAGACAUGGUAGAUAUAACUACAUAUUAAUAUGACAUGUAAUGUAAAUAAUAUAUCUGACAUAUAUUUCAUAUGUGCGUGCGGGUAUUUCCACUUAGUCUAAAGUUUUUUAGCCUGAAAGUUUAAAAUAUAACGAAUUUUUUACUGUUCUAGCUGUACCUACAUUGUUGAUAUAAAUAAAUAUGUAUAAUGCAGUAUAAUUACCAGUAUCAAAUAUUUUUUUUUCAGUAACAUGUUAAUAUUUGUACAAAAAGAAUACUUGUAAAUACGUACAAAUUGAUAUAAUUGUAAAAAAUAAAUUACAAGUCUAGUCCAAAGCAAAUACAAAUCCGUUUUAAUGUAAAAUAACUAUGAUGAUUGUGUCUUGGACAUGUUUUGUAUGUUGAACAUAUACGACAACCUAAUACGAAUUAUUGUUACUAUGAUUUAUAUUCCUAUUAUACAUUUAAGUAAUUUAUUAAUAUUUUAUUUUCAUUGUUAUUUUAUUAAAUGUAACUGCAUUGUACAUUUUUUUUAUUACUAUUAUUAUUAUUAUUAUUAUUAUUUGAAAUCUGUGUGUUUUAGUAACAGUGUUGUAUGUAGAUGUAGAUAAGUAUUAUUAAAAAUAUUUAUUUUAAAAUAA